UUCUGCCUGCCUUGCCCUCCCAAACUGCUAAGAUUACAGGCAUGAGCUACCGCACCCGGCCGAUAUUGGAUUUUAUUUAUUUCCUUUUCUUGGUGCUCAUCUUCCUUCACAACUUCAAGAUGGGCAUAAGAUGUUCGACAACAUGGUUCUUCAUUAAGUCCAACUCCUUAUCAUAAUAGGGCUUGGGAAAUAUUAAACACGAGGGCAAUCGUGCUAACACAAAAAUGGGCGCCUUGCUCACUUAUAAGAAGAGCCAACUCAAAGGCUCAACUGAAUUCUAGCACUAAGAUUCCUUCCUUGCUGUAGAAGAUCUAUACCUGGUCACUUCCAUUAAAGUUACACAGGCGUUCCAAGAAGCCUCCUGCAAUACAGUUGUGACUCAGCAGGUAUGGGAGUAAUCACGGUCCUGUGGUAUUUCCUGCACCCCCAGAGUCCCAGAGUUUGUGAAGGACCCUGUAAGAGGACACCACGCUGGCUUUUCAGUGGGCGCGUCCCUCCUGGGGGCGUCACCAGGCAACCCCAGGCGGAAGUGGCGGCGGCCCAUCCUCAUGCAAACUGCAGUGUUAAGAACUGGGGCCCAGGACUCCCCGCAAAUGUGGGACACUGACAUUCUGUCAUGCUGUCCCAAUGCCCUUUCAAAGCGCUCAGCCCCCAAAUUCCCAACCAACAGCCAUUUCAGGGAGGUGCUGCCCAGGACCAGGCUUUUGAUGAACCACGACUGUUCGGGGUGCCGUCUUGGGAGAGCCACGUCAGUCCCACUGAGAUUCCAAACGGCCGACAGCGGACACCUCGGGACCACAUCCUAGCCUCGGGGACCUGUCAAGACGCCAUCGACGGUCCUGGACCAAAUCCCGCCCGGGAAGGGAAGGGUCGCUACCGGACCCUGGAGACCGACGGCUGCCUGGCGAUCUGAACCCACCCCGGGGCUGCCGUCCCGCCCCCAUUUCCGAUCGGUCGAAGGUCACGUGCGCUGACCCCGCCCCGCAGACGCGGCUCCUUUAGCUGAAAGCGUCCCGGCUUUCCCUUCCGCCGGAAGUAGGGCGACUUUCCUUUUCCGGCUACGGGUCCCCAAGCGGAGCGGGAGGCCGGACCGGGGAGCCGAACGGCGGCGUCGGCGGCGGGGGCGACGGCGGCGGGGGCGGUAAUGGCGGAGCUGGUGCAGGGGCAGAGCGCUCCUGUGGGGAUGAAGGCCGAGGGCUUCGUGGAUGCCCUGCACCGGGUCCGGCAGAAAGCCACAGGAGUCAUUGUAUUAGAAGAAGGUCUUCACUCGGGCGCUUGAAGAUAUGGUCUUUACAUCUCUUUCCAGUAUUCCAGGGGAGGGAACCCUACCUGUUGCCCUGAUACUGACUUUUCAUGUUAUAUAUUGAUGCUCCUAUAGACAUUGUAUUGGAUCCCAGAACUUUCCAAACCUGUGGUUCCACCUAAAAUUUUAUCUGAUGAAUUGUUACUUUACUGCCUAGGUGCCAACCAGUACAGUAGUGAGUAUCCAUCUUACUUAGACUUCAGAUCCACCCAUGGCUGUAAUGGAUGAACAUGCCACCCAGCUCCCCUUCCACCACUCUGCUUGCUGGCGUGUUACAGUGCUCUCCUCUACAGUACAGGGUCUUGAACCUUGUUUCUCCCUGGCUACUAAUAUGUAAUGGCUUUCGCUCUGUGCUGAUGUGUGACAGUCACCUUGUUGGCCUUCUAUGUCCGGGAAGAAUUAUAGUCACUGCCCUAAAGGGCUCAGAUCCUCAGUUUGCAGAAGGCCUGUAGUUGAACAUAAAGUGAAUUUUGAACCAUUGAGAAGACAUUCCGCUUCUCUUGAGCCAGUGGUUGAACUCAUAUUCUUGGACAACCUGCUCCAGAGGGAGACCCUCUGUUAAAUGCUGACCUAAUGUGGAUUGUUGAAGCAGUGGUGUUUACUACUAGCAGUGAAAACUUCAUUGGAAUUGUUCUCAGCUCUGAAAUGCACCAUUGACUGGAGCAGUAAUAAGCCCAAUGGAGACAGGGCUGUAAGUGUGUUGCUUCUGAAUGUUAACAGCUGGAGGUCCAUACUAUCUCCAAGGAUUUGAUGGCCUUUAAAAACUAAAGAAAAAAACAGAUUGCUGCUAAAAUUGAUUCAAUUCCUCACUUGAAUAAUUCCACACCUCUAGUGGACCCCUCAGUAUAUGGAUAUGGAGUCCAAAAACGGCCCUUGGAUGAUGGAGUAGGUAACCAGUUAGGGGCCUUGGUACAUCAAAGGACGGUAAUAACGGAAGAAUUCAAAGUGCCUGACAAAAUGGUUGGAUUUAUUAUCGGCAGGGGAGGUGAGCAGAUUUCACGGAUUCAAGCAGAAUCUGGUUGCAAAAUUCAGAUUGCUUCAGAGAGUUCUGGGAUUCCAGAGAGGCCCUGUGUACUUACCGGAACCCCAGAAAGUAUUGAACAAGCCAAACGGCUCCUGGGACAGAUUGUGGACCGCUGUCGAAAUGGACCUGGCUUUCAUAAUGACAUAGACAGCAACAGCACAAUCCAGGAGAUUCUCAUUCCCGCAUCUAAAGUGGGUCUGGUCAUCGGCAGAGGAGGGGAAACAAUCAAGCAGUUGCAGGAGCGGACAGGGGUGAAGAUGGUCAUGAUCCAGGAUGGCCCAUUGCCCACGGGAGCAGACAAGCCUCUUCGUAUCACUGGAGACGCAUUUAAAGUACAGCAAGCAAGAGAAAUGGUACUAGAGAUUAUCCGAGAAAAAGAGCAAGCUGACUUUCGGGGUGUACGCGGCGAUUUCACCUCUCGGAUGGGAGGAGGCAGUAUAGAGGUAUCUGUGCCAAGGUUUGCUGUGGGGAUUGUAAUAGGAAGAAACGGGGAAAUGAUCAAAAAGAUCCAGAAUGAUGCUGGUGUGAGGAUUCAGUUUAAACCAGACGAUGGGAUUAGUCCAGAAAGAGCUGCCCAGGUCAUGGGCCCUCCGGAUCGGUGUCAGCAUGCAGCGCAUAUCAUCAGCGAGCUGAUUCUUACAGCCCAGGAAAGAGACGGCUUUGGAGGCCUGGCAGCAGCCAGAGGAAGAGGUCGUGGCCGUGGUGACUGGAGUGUGGGAGCCCCUGGUGGCGUCCAGGAGAUAACAUACACAGUGCCAGCCGAUAAGUGUGGCCUCGUCAUAGGCAAAGGGGGUGAGAACAUCAAAAGCAUCAACCAGCAGUCAGGGGCGCAUGUGGAGCUUCAGAGGAACCCCCCUCCCAACAGCGACCCCAACCUGCGGAGAUUCACCAUCAGGGGGGUUCCCCAGCAGAUCGAGGUGGCCAGGCAGCUCAUAGAUGAGAAAGUUGGCGGGACCAAUCUCGGAGCACCUGGAGCCUUCGGACAGAGUCCAUUCAGCCAGCCGCCCGCCCCACCUCAUCAAAAUACCUUUCCUCCAAGGAGCUCCGGGUGCUUCCCAAACAUGGCUGCCAAGGUGAACGGGAACCCCCACAGCACCCCCGUGAGUGGUCCUCCGGCCUUUCUGACCCAGGGCUGGGGCAGCACCUACCAGGCGUGGCAGCAGCCCACACAGCAGGUCCCAAGCCAGCAGAGCCAGCCGCAGAGCAGCCAGCCCAACUACAGCAAGGCCUGGGAAGACUAUUACAAAAAACAGAGUCACGCCGCCAGCGCUGCUCCUCAGGCCAGCUCCCCACCGGACUACACAAUGGCCUGGGCAGAAUAUUACAGACAGCAGGUCGCUUUCUACGGACAGACGCUAGGGCAGGCGCAGGCCCACAGCCAGGAGCAGUAGGACAGUGUCCUCGUGGCCAACUAUCCCCUCAAAAUCAUUGUCAAAGAAAACCUAUUUGUAACAGAGGUUUUUACAUUUGCAAACCUUUUGAUGAAGAACCGUUGCUUUGUUCUGUGAAACACUAUAUUUAGAUUAACGGAAUUUUUCUAAAAAUCGGGAAAAUUAGUUACUAAAAAUUGCUGAUCAUUUUUGUUUCAUUAUUUUUGUUAUUUCAAAUGUAUAAGCUCUGGGAUUCUUUUUGGAGCAAUACCUACAAAGUCAGGCACCAGAACGUGCCUCAGAGCUGUGACAUUUCAACAUGAUGGUUUUGGUUUUGUUUUGUUUUGUUUCGUGUCCUUUUUAUUUGCAGUUUUUUCUGUUGCAACAGAAAGUGGCUUGGAAGUCUUAGGUGGUAUGUAACAAAUUCUUUUUAAAAAUUUUAAAGCAGUAUUUAAGUAUUCUUAAAUGUGUAAAUUCAUUUAAUGUUUUACUUCUAAUUUCUUGUAUCUUGGCUGUCUGGUUUUAUUGCAUUUUUUUAAAAAACUGAACUAUUAUGUAUUGUAAUGAAUGAUGUGAAUUCUGAAUUGAGACAGAUAAUUGUAUUGCUGUCCAACAGGGGUUGGGAGGGGCAUUUUGUAGGGUUUGUAUAAUUUCUAGAGUUCGAAAGGGGUAAUAUAAAAAUGUGUUCAUGUGUUUAGCAUACGUUUUUUUCAUGUCUCCAUUACCAGUUGCAAUUGUGUAUCUAAGACCUCCAAGCUUGUUUUUAAAACAAAACAAAAAACCUUUCUCUAUUCUCUCAGAAAUAUAAAUACUGUUAUUUUUAAUAUUAAGAAAUUCAAUAUAACUUUUAACACACACUGUGGAACAUUAAACCGUAUAAAAAUGUAGUUAUAACUAUUUUUAAUUCCAAGGUGUUGUUUGCUUUUUUCUUUUAAAUAUUUUCUUAAUAUUUUGUCAGAUUAACUAGAUGAAUAAAUAAAUCUAGUAUUAACCGCAUUAUGAAUUAAAUAAUUUUGAUUAAAUGAAAGGGAUAAUAUGAUUUCCAGUGUUUACUGUAGUGUAUCUUGUACAGAUAACAUGUAUUUUUAAAGGAAAAAAAAACGGAAUUGAAGCUAUUUUUUCUUGCAUUUCUAAUUGACCUGAGGGACAUUCCGUUUGAAAUGUACUGAAGUUACAGUUUCUGGUUUUUUCUCCUUAUUUUUCUUAUAAUGCUUGAAAUGUCUAACUAUUAAAAAAGACAAUUGGAAAAUAUGCAUGGGGUUUUUAAGAAAACAAAGUGUUCUUUUUAUUUGACUGACAAUUCAUUUUACACUCUAUAUAAUAAAAUCUCCACAAGGCAUCUUGUGGGCAAAGUC